AGAUGGCGCUACAUGUCUAUAGAACGGGAACGGCGGAACGCACCCAUUGUAUUUGCAAGAUAGCGAAUAAAGUUAGCAUAAAAUGGAUGCUACUUGCAAAUACAUCAGUUUUUAAUUAAAUAUUGAUUUACAAAAUGGGAAAUCAGUUAGUCGGUAUCGCGCCUAGUCAAAUAUUUCCAGUAGAACACUACUUGACGGACCAUAGUGACUUAUUAUUCGAUGUAAACUUAGGAAGCACUAGAUUUUUUAAAGUGGCUCGAGCCAGAAGCCAAGAGGGUCUCAUAGUAGUUAAGGUUUUUGCUAUACAUGAUCCAACUCUACCGUUAUCCGCUUAUAAAGACAAACUUGAAGAAAUUAGAUCCAAACUAGCAUCUGCUGUGAAUUGUCUACCUUUUCAGAGAAUGAUCCUCACAGAAAAAUCAGGAUCGAUAAUGAGGGAAUACGUUAAAUAUUCCCUUUACGACAGAAUUAGCACUAGGCCAUUUUUAACAAGCAUAGAAAAAAAAUGGAUUACCUUUCAAGUUUUGUAUGCAUUACACCAAGCUCAUAAGUUUGGAGUCUGCCAUGGCGAUAUAAAAUUAGAAAACAUUAUGAUAACCAGUUGGAACUGGAUUUUACUAACAGACUUUGCAAGUUUUAAACCAACUUAUUUGCCCGAAGAUAACCCAGCAGAUUUUUCAUAUUUCUUUGACACGUCGAGGAGAAGAACAUGUUAUAUCGCUCCCGAACGGUUUGUGAAAACAUUAUCAUCAGAAUUAAACAAUACAUUAUUAUUAUCUGAACAAGAGCUAAAGACAGGUGACUUGCACCCAAUGAUGGACAUUUUUUCUGCAGGCUGUGCUUUAACAGAAUUAUAUAACGAAGGACAUCCACCAUUUGACUUUUCUCAACUAUUAGCAUAUAGGAACAAUGAAUAUUCAGUAAGCAAGCAUUUGGAUACGAUAGAUGAUUCAGGAAUUCGUGAAUUGCUUUCAUCUAUGCUAGAAAGGAACCCGGGAAAUAGAAAGACUGCUGAAAUUUACUUGGCUCAAGCUCGUGGAAUAAUAUUUCCAGAAUAUUUUUAUUCGUUUCUGCAAUCUUAUAUGCUUAUUUUCUCUGCUGCUCCUAUUCUGUCGCCAGAUGAGAAAAUAAAUAGACUAAAGAAGGAUAUUGGUAAUAUCAUAAAUAUUCUAAAAACGGAAGAGAAUGAAAAAAUAAAAAGUAAUGCAAAAGCUACAGAGACUGUGAAAAGUAACCAGUUUGAAAAUAAUGUAGAAUCGAAUAGAAAUGACUCGACUCACAGCGACGAAAAUACUGUCGUAGAAGGGGACAGUGAUCAAAGCUUGAAUAAAAGCGAUUUAAAUCAAGCGGAUGCAAAAGUUGUUUCGGAUUAUCAAAAACAAAAAUUGGAUGUAGAAAACGAGAAGAAGAGCGUUUUAUGUCAGGAAUCUCUAGAAGGAUUAGUUAUUAUAACACAACUCGUUACCUCGUGUAUUCGAGGUUUACAUCAUUCUCAAUCAAAAUUACAAAGUUUAGAAAUACUACUUGAACUUGCUGAGAAUACAUCGGAUGAAACGAUAUUGGAUCGAAUUUUGCCAUAUAUCUUUCAUUUAGUUCAUGAUCCUGCUCCACGAGUGAGGGUGUCAGCUAUGCACACUUUAACAAAAUGUUUACACCUCGUGAAAUCAAUUCCACCGUCGGAUGUGAACAUCUUUCCCGAAUAUAUUCUACCAGGUUUAGCGCAUAUUAUACAUGAUGAAGCAGUUAUUGUUAGAGCUGCUUAUGCGGAAAAUAUUGCGCACCUUGCACAUAUUGCACUUCGUUAUUUGGAGAAUUCCCAUUUAUCUAAUUUGAGUAAUAAGGAAGGUCCAAAACCAAGUUACGACAGUGAGCUUCAGACACUGCAUGAAAUGGUACAACAAUCUGUAUCCAUGUUAUUAACAGAUCCUCAAAAUUUAGUAAAGCAAACUUUAAUGGAAAGUGGAAUAAACAAACUCUGUGUAUUUUUUGGCAAACAAAAGGCCAAUGAUAUUCUGCUCAGUCAUGUCAUUACGUUUUUAAACGAUAAAGAAGAUAAAGAAUUAAGAGGUUCAUUUUUCGAGUGUAUCGUUGGCGUAGCUGCUUAUGUUGGGUGGCAUAGUAGUCCUAUACUAAUGCCUCUUCUUCAGCAAGGUCUAGCCGAUCCUGAAGAAUUUGUAACGACAAAAGCUAUUAAUGCAAUGGCGACUCUCACGGAAUUAGGUCUCUUACAUAAGUCAGCUCUCUAUCAACUUCUAUACGAGACAAUGGUCUUUUUAGUACAUCCAAAUUUAUGGAUAAGACACGCAACUGUUGGUUUUAUAUCUGCAGCGGCAAGAACACUUAAUUUGGUGGACGUUCAAUGCAAAGUUCAAACGAUGAUUCAGCCGUACUUAAAGCAUCCAUUAAUCCAAAUAGAAAAAGAGAUUUUAUUGUUAGAAGCUUUGGUACCCCCAAUACCAAGAAUUGUUUAUGAUUCUAUUGUAAAAUAUAACGAUAUACAAGAACUGUUUCAAGUGUUAGAACAAAGACAGAUGGCUCGAGCUAAAGCUAUAUCCGGGAUAGUACCACAAUAUAGCGAAAUGAGCACUUCGUUACGAAACCUUUUUAGACGAUUAAGUUCGGAGUCGAUGACGGAAAUUGUGGAAGACCAGUUACUAAUAAUGCAACCACAUUUAAUGAAAAUUAAUAAAUAUCGCAGUUCGAUAGAUGCGAAACAAAACACCGUUAAAUCCAUAGAUGGAAAAUUGGAAUUAAGUUCUAUGAAAGAUAGGAUACGACAUCACAUAGUGAUAUUAUAUCCCGACACAAAAGUUGAUUUAGGCCUUCCGCCAUUUAAACGGUUAGAUAGCAGGACAUCAGAUAGUAUCGGCACAUACGCUACAAUGAAUCAAGAGUGGCGUACGAUGUUUGCAGCUCAGGACAAUGUUCAACAUCCUGUUAAAAUGACAGAUAUGACAGGAAGUAGUGGAAGUCCUAGCCAAAGUUUACAUGGAGGAGAUAUACAUUUAUCGCCUCAACACAGUCUGUCCGAUAUGAACAGUAUAAAUGAUCACUCCCUUCACGAACGUUCAUAUAUCCAAUACAGAUGUGCACCUUGUAGAUUGGAAGUAAGACAACUGACAUACAGAAAGCAAGAACAGCAUGCUGCAGCAUUGAGAGCACAACAUUGGGCUGAUAACAUUGCAUGGCAAACUGGUUCGAGAUUACUACCGAGUGGAUGGAGACCUCGAGGAAUACCGGUUGCGCAUCUUCACGAGCACAGAGCUGCUAUAAAUAGGCUAGUUUCUAUACCAGAUACCAGUUUAUUUGCUAGUAGUUCUGCAGACGGGUGUAUUAAGAUAUGGGAUGCCAGUAAAAUGGAAGGUCGAAACAUAGCUAAUCGAUCUAGGCAAACUUACAUGCACAGAGGUGGCCCUCUAAUUGGUUUGGCUAUAUGCGAUCAAGGAAAAUCGUUGGCAAGUUCUGCUAGCCAAUCGGGUACAGUGUUUGUUUUACGAAUUGAAUCAAAUUCUAGUAAAAUGAGUGUCAUUGGAACUAGACAAUUAGAUCUUCAGGAAGAAGGGUGUGCCGUUGACCUGCAAUAUUUAGAUUCUGGGUCACAAUCGGUUCUGGUAUACGCUUCGCUGUACGGAUCGUUGGUAGGUUGGGACUUACGAUGCCCUGGAACAACGUGGCGUUUAGAAAACGAUCUAAAGUAUGGAGUAAUUACCUCGUUUUGCGUAAAUAAUUAUCAGCAAUGGUUGACUCUCGGUACAAGUUCAGGCGUGCAUACAUGUUGGGAUUUACGAUUUCAAUUGCCAAUAACCAGUAUUAAACAUCCUACAGGCGCGAGAGUGAGAAAGGUGAUCACUCAUCCAACGGAACAUUCGUGGAUCAUUUCAGCGGUACAGGGUAACAAUGAAAUCUCAAUGUGGAACCUUGAAACUGAUUUUCGACAAAUGGUUCUUUGGGCAUCGAGUGCACCACCGCUCAGUUAUUCUCAAAGUGGUCACAGCGUGUGUGCGAUGUACUCUGGGUGUAUCGAUCGUUCAGGUUUUCUGCUGGCUGGCGGUACCGAUAUGCGAUUACGCUUUUGGGAUUUGAAUACUCCUAACGAAUCGUACGUCGCAUUGCCCGCAGCUAAUGAUGUCACCUCACCAAAUUCAUUAGGAUACGAACAACGUUUAAUAGAUGGAACAAACGUGGUACAAGAGGUAUUGGCUGGCGGUGGUCCCACCUUGUCAUCGGGAGGAAGUACAAGUGUUCGUACAAGAAAUUCCGAGGAAGGUGGUCAGGGUCCUGAGACACCACCAUCUGGACACCACGAUACAAUCUCAGCUGUAGCAAUGUCGAACACGUGUAUUCUCACCGGCAGCACAGACGGGUUAAUACAAGUUUGGAAAUGAACGUUCGUUUGUUUCCUUGUAUCGUAUUCUAACGUCAUAGAGACCGUAACAAUUUUUCUAACGCGUCUCAGACAUCAAUCCCGUGGAAAAUAAAAUCGAUUGGACAUCGAAGUUUUUGUACGUACAAGCGAACUCGCUACAGUAAUUCUGUGAUUUUUAGUUGUACAUAAUAUGUAAUAUAUACAUAUGCGGUAUUUAUUAAGAUCAUCGAUAGUCAUAGUAAUAACGAUAACACGCAUUUCUGGAAACGGAGAGUAACGCUCAAGUUACUUUGAUACAGUGAACCUUGUGUAAUAUAAAUGAUUUAUUUUUCUACUUAAAGAAAAUCUUGAAGAAAGAAUUUGCUGUACUGUGUAACAUACGAAGAUGGUAAAUUAGAUUUAGAUUUAGUACAAUACUAAUCACUAGGAAAGUAAUACAAACAGUGUACAAAUGAAUUUUGCCCUUGGUAUGUACGUUAUAACGGCAGGUGUAUAUACUACGUACAUACUUUUACGUCGUACAAUAGUUAACUCGUAUAACGACUGAAAUACUCAUAAGUAAAUGUAUAUCUUCGUACUCCCUCAUGAUUACAAUAAAUUCAUAUUUUUAACGCGUA